AUGAAACAACAACAGUCUCAUUCUAGUCACCCAGACAGAUUCACUGACAGGUAUCAGGUCCUGAGUAGAGAGAGUCUGACUGGACGUUGUUACUGGGAGGUGGAGAUGAGAGGAGGAGGAGUUGAUGUAGCAGUCGCAUACAAGAACAUCAGGAGAGCGGGGGGGUCGGUUGAAUGUAGAUUUGGUUUCAAUGACAAAUCUUGGGCGUUACGUUGUGUCAACAGCAGUUAUACAUUUUACUACAACAAAGUCCAAACUCCCGUCUCAGGUCCUGAGUCCUCCAAAGUAGGAGUCUACCUGGAUCACAGUGCAGUGAAUAUUACACCAAAACUAACUGUGUGUGUGUUGUGUUGUGUUUUCUUUUUUGAUUCCCAGGGCGUGGAGGGAGCCUCUGCAGCUGCACAUGCUCUGUCUCUUCCAGCAGACGCGUACGGGAAUGAUCCCCGGCUGGAAGUCAUGUGGGCGAUGAAGGCAUACAACCACGCAGAAGUCUACUUCAAUCUCAUUUCCUCCGUGGAUCCGAAGUUCCUGAAGCUGACGAAACUGGACGAGAAAAUCUACUCCGAGUUCAGAGAAACCUUCAAAGAGCUCGACGUAAAGCUGCUGAAGGCAGACGACCUCAAGUCUGACGAGGCCAAAGAGACGUGGCGUCCGUUCUGUAACCAGUUUGAAGGGCUCAUUGAAGAUUUCAACUACGGCACUCUACUCCGUCUGGACUGUGAGAAGGAUUACACGGAGGAGAAUACGAUUUUCGCCACCAGGGUGCAGUUCUUCGCUAUUGAAAUCGCCCGCAACAGAGAAGGCUACAACAACGCUGUGUUCAUGUCCAAAUCUUCAAAGAGCUAGUCCCCAAAUAAAGCUAUCCAAACAUGCAUCAAGCAGCAGCAGGACCCCCCCCGGAAACAUGAAGAUGAACU